AUGAAGUGUACCUCGCAGACAUGCCUGGUUCUGUUGGGCCUCGUCGGUCUGGUCUGCGCCAACGUUGACCAGGUGCUGACGUCACCGGAUGUGGACGUGCAGGCUGGGUUUUUUCCUGACUCCGGCUACCUGAGGGGCAAUCCUUCUAGAGGUGUUGCUCAGGCCCCUGCUGGGUACAGAAAAGACGGCAACAGCUUAAACAAUGUCUUCUCCUCAACCAAUAGUCUUGCAUCAAGACUCAGGAGGCUCAUGUCCCGUAUGCCUCGGCUCAAAACUCCCAUCCCGGGGUCAAGGUCAAGGUCAAGAUCAAAGCAGGGUCAGGUUCAUGUGGCGAGACCAGGCUUCCUCACGAUGUUCACAGGCUCAAAGUUCAUGAAACGUCCUUGAACGUGACGUGGGCAAUUCCUGCGUUUGGUGUACACGGAUGAUCGACAGAAAGUCUAGAUUAUAGCUUAGAUAGAGGGCGGUGCAAAUUUAUCUAAAGAUGGUCUCGAAGUAUAAAGUUAAGCUUCUAGGACAGAACGUCAUUAAUUAAAAUAGAUGAUACGUUAAAGUGAAUUUUUAAAAGGUUAGCUUAAAUUGUAAACAAUUUUACACCGAGGUGGAGGGGCAGAGAGGGUGAGUAAAGAGAGAGAGAGAGAGAGAGAAGGGAGG